AUGUAUUCCUCGAUGAACAGCAAGACAAUGGAGCAAGACGUCAAGGCAAUCGUAGAUGAACAGUCUCUUUACUCAGCCCGCGUAUCACUCCCACCAUACUCCUCAAGACCCUACGAUACGGCCUCAACGACAUUAGCCUCCCCGACCCCGGAGCUCAUCCAGCAGCCUUGCUAUCUCUUAACAGUGCAAGCCCAUGGAUCCAGCGGCUGCAGCUCCUCACUCGACCACAGCAUCCCAAUCUUCGCCGGUACCGAUGUAACCGCACAGCCCCUCUAUAUCUCCCGCCGCAUACACAAAUGGAGGAACAACAGCGUCCUAUCUCACGCACACGAGGGCGAUAUCAUCUCGACGACCUAUCGAUUCGGACCCUACCGUGAGCCUAAGAUUCGGUACCUUCAGAGCUCGGAAGCAUUCGGUAGCGAUGUGAAGAGCGCCGCUGCAGGCACCGAUACUGGCGGCGACGACGAAGGGAGCCCACUGGCGCUCAAAAUCCACACCAGUCUGGUCUGCCUAAGCACCAGUACCUCGCUCAGCUCUGCGACCGACCCAACCCGGACAUACAAGUGGAAGUACACACGCACGAAGACGAUUAUCGACGGCAAGUUGCGCGUCAUGGUGUUGUUCGCCGCAGGAGCAGCGGCUUCGACGAGCAGCGACGGCGAGGCGAUAGCGGUUCUAGUCCGCUCCAGCUCGACACGAACGCCAGGGUCGAGCAGAUGGGGUCAAGGAAACGGCGGGCAGCUCUAUAUCAGUCAGAGCGCGGGGCAGUAUAUGGAGGAGAGCCUGAUUGUAGCGAGUUGCAUCUUGAUGCUGAAGAAAGAGAUUGACCGUGGCAAUGCGGUGGUUGUUGGGGCAGCGACUUCUUCUGGUGGUGGCGGGUCUUAA